CGCUCCUUCCUCGACCACCACAGAACUUGACUUCUUUAGACACCUCAGAUCUUUGACACAGUCGACUACCACGCACACACUCCACCACAUCACGACCAAAGUCUUCCCUUCAUCAAAGCACGAUGGGUUUGGCUUCGAAACUCGCCGCCGCACAGGGCGGAGCUGCUGCUGUGGCCAACUUCACCGGCGGUCCACCUGGUCAGCAGCCAGGUGCUCAGCCGCAGCAAUCGUACCAAGCCUAUGCGCCAGGCGGCCGACCUCCUCAGGGCGGACCUCCGCCGCCAGGCCAGUAUGGUGCACCUCAAGGUCAACAAGGAUAUGGAGCACCUCCACCGCAGGGUCAGCAAUAUCCUUCGCAACAACAAGGAUAUGGUGGACCUCCACAAGGCGGACAAAUGAGCGGCCCACACGACGUUCAAGGAUACCAGAGAGAGCUCGAGAGGGCCAUUCAAGAGAAGCAGUUGCAUAGAUUCUACGGACCAGGGACACAAGGAGCACAAAUGCUGCCACAGAUCGCAGCUCGUGCUGCCCAGCAGGUCGAUCGUCUGUGCCAAGCGUGGCGCAUUCAGAAGGAGAUUGCCAAUGAUAUUGUCAGGCUGGCUCUCUACGAUGUGAUCAUCUACGUCGACGACAGUGGUUCCAUGUCCUUCGAGGAGAAUGGCGAGCGUAUCAAGGAUCUCCAGCUCAUUCUCCAGCGCUCAGUCUUUGCCGCGACUCUGUUCGACGACGAUGGCAUUGAGCUCCGCUUCAUGAAUGAGGACCUGCCACCCCAGCAGAUCUCCGGUAUCAGGAACGAGCAGCAGGUGGAGCAGCUUCUUGCCAGCAAGCGCUACAAGGGCCUCACUCCAUUCGGCACAGAAUUGAGGAAGAAGGUCAUCGACCCAAUCCUCAUUCAGAAGUUGAACAGCGGUCAAAUGCGCAAGCCACUCCUCAUCAUCUCGAUCACGGACGGCCAGCCAGCGGGCGAGAACCAGAACACCCUCAUCGAGACCGUGCAGUAUGCGUGUCAAGCCGCUCAGCGCUCUCAGUACGGACCAGGUGCUGUGUCUUUCCAGUUCGCUCAAGUUGGCAACGAUCAAAAGGCGACUGAGUUCCUGGCCAAGCUCGACAAUGAUCCGAUGGUCGGCAAGGAAGUCGACUGCACGUCGAACUACGAGAACGAGUCCGCUGAGAUGGCCAGGGCCGUUCCACCCGUCGAUCUCACUCCCGAUCUCUGGAUGAUCAAGCUCAUUCUGGGUGCCAUCGAUCCCAGCUACGACACUAAGGACGAGAAGACUCACAUGGCUCCCGGCAUGCCUCCUCAGCAGCAGGGCGGUGGCGGAUACGGCGGUCCUCCGCAGCAAGGAUACGGCCAACAGCAGUACCCGCCACAAGGCGGCCAGAGCUAUGGCCAGCCGCCGCAGUACGGAGGCGCGCCUCAAUACGGCGCACCUCCUCAGGGCCAGUACGGGCAACCGCCACCGCAAGGACAACGACCUCCACAACAGGGCGGCUACCCCGGACAGCAACAGCCGUAUGGCGCUCCCCCUCCAGGACCGCCGAGAUACUAGGGAUCUUGAGCAAAGCGCAUGACGCUCGGAUAGUGAGCAGUGGAGGCAUACGAAAGGAUUGCGGCAAAGUCACGCCGAACAGAAAAUCUGACGACUUGACACGACAAAGGCGUUUGAUUCGGACAUGUAAAGCGCUUCGCAGAAUACGUAGUUUACAGGACAAGCUGCCUCGAUGCCUCACGAAUCUGAUUUUAUGUUUUCUA